AUGCCCUCUAUAUUCACUAUAGCCCAUAUUAUUCACUAUCUCCCCCUAUUACCUCCUGCAUCUACUAAAUAUUAUAUUACCCACUGCACCCACUACAGCCAUGUGGGUAGAAUGUGUCUCCAGAAACUUGAAUGAUUGGAUGGAUGACUCAUAAUGGUUAACAUUUAACACAAGCCUCUUCAAUUGAAUGCUGCAACUUUAAGGCCCAAUUUCCAAACCAUCUCUGCAACAAGCCUCUUCAAUUGGACGCUACAAUUUUAAGGCCCAAUCCCCACCCACCCUGGUUCCUUCCAACUUUAUAGCAUGCUCUUCCAGCUGCUUGGAACCACAAUCAAUCACCUCCUCAUUCUAUUCACAUGUUAUAAGUUACUGCAGUUAUACAAUUAAUUUUCUGCCAUCACCUUCAAAUUCCUCGUCUACCUCUUGUCUCAUCUCCCUAUUUUAACCUUUAGAUUGUAAGCUCACGGGCAGGUCUCUAUACCUUUUGUAUUGGUCUGCUUAUACUUUAUUGUCUUUUUCCCAAUUGUACAGCACUGCAGAAUCUGUUGGAGCUAUAUAAAUGCCAGGAAUAAAUCAAAUAAACACUACACGGAUUGGCCAGAGUUGAUUCACAUCCUCUUUGGCUGUCCUCUCUAUUCGGGGCAUAUUCAUUGGGGGAUUUAUAUUACCCCACUGACUGAAGUGCCAACUUAUACCCUUUUUAUCCCUAAAGAAAAUGCACUAUGUGACAUUAAAUGCGUGUUGGGACCUUUAUCUUUAAAAGAAAACUGACAUCGGAACAGAUUAAAGAAUAAACCAUAUUUUCGGUUGAAAUUAUUCUAAAACCCCAUUUUGAGCUUGACUAGGCAGAGGGCGUCUUUAACAAUCAAUCCCCUCCCCCAUACAGCGUUUAGGAAAGCGAAAGCUAGAGAGGACUGGAGAAGGAGAAUACUGCAUUCGAUUCUUGAAACUGUUAUCAGCACCUAUCAUCAAAUCAUGUAAGUGUUCUGAUAUUCAUCAUAUUCUGCCUAUCUGACUACAAAACCCUCAGAGGAAAAAGGACAAAACAUUAAUAUGGACAAGGCACAAAUGCAGUAAACGCAUGCUUAAUUGGGUAUGCAGGAAGACAUUCUGUUAUGGAGGGAAAGAGGAUUAGCCUUUAAUUAGUACGGGGGAUGGGAAGAAUAUACAAUUUGAGAAAACAUGUAAGCUUGCAAUAAAUAAAAGGUAAUUUACUGGGUAUCAAAGCAAAUAUCUCGUCUAAAAACAUUGAUAUAUUUUAUAUUUAUAUUCAUAGCUAAUUCACUGGCUCAAUAAUGCUGACGCAGUAAGGCAUUUAACAGCUUGUUUACUUUGAGGAUAUACUAUCAUAAAUAUCAAAGCAUUGUUAUAUCAUAUUAUUUUUCAAGCGUGGUUGUUAAAAGUAUGAGGUUUUUUUAAGUUAUGCCUUUAUUCUAUAAAUAGUGAAUAAUGGUGAGUUAAUAAUGAAAUGUGCAAAAUUGAGCCUAAAAUAGCUAGCAGUUAUUCACAAUACAAUUACAUACUCUGUUGGAAUUUUUGACCAAAUGUACGUUUUUAGAGUUCUCCCGUCUUGAACAGCAUAAUAAGUAAUUGUGCAUUUCGGGGUCCUCUUAUACUUAUAUGUGUAAGAUGGCUGCCAUGGCCGCGACCUUUAUCAUAUAAUUCUAUGAGAAAGUACAGAAUUCAAGUAUUGUUGUUAUUAUUAGUUAUAAAGUGCUAACACAUUCCAUAGCACUUUACAAUAGGUGGACUAACAGACAUGUUUUUUGCAACAAAACGAGCUGGACGCACAGGAACAAAAAUUCUAUAGACCUUAAAGGGAAAAUUUAUAGAUAAAACAUUUAGAAGGUUUUCUAAUAGUAUUGGAUUAUUUGGAAAGUUUAUUAAAGGUUUACGUUACAGAGCCAAUACCAUAUAGGCUCCAGACCAUGUGAGUGGUUCUAGCUAUUUAUUUACCACCAAUUAUUACCCAAGACCAUGUACACUAUAUAUUUUUAUUUGUUUCUUUUCUAUAUGUACCUUUAUGUUUGCACUGUCAAGUUUGUUGUUACCCUCAAUUGACAGGGUAAGUUAACCCCUGCACUAUUUCUAUUUGUAUAGCGCUCCACUAGCUGGUAUAUAUAAUCUAUACCAUAUAUCUUCUCUAUACUCAUAUCUGUCUGCAUAAGAACGUACCUUGGGGCCAAUUUGAAUGUGUUUUAGUCUGUGUUUGUUGCGUGUUAUCAGAGCAAUCACCAUUUUGGAUGAAAACCUGCCAAGAGUUUUCUUUACUUCAUCCAGCAUUUAACAUUCAUUAGGUCCAACAAUGUCAGGGUGUACUCUGAUUCCCAAAAAUUAAAUCAUUAUUAGAUGACUGGCCACAGAAUGUGGCUCUACAUUCAAUGGGCUGAUGUGCUGGCAAUGAAGUAUAAACAGUAUAACCAAAUGAUUGCUGAUACUACGUAUUGCACCUUGACCUGUAAAUGACAAUGAUGUUGAAAAAUACGAUUUAUUUCUCAAUCUGACUUUAUCUUCAAUGUGAGAUGGAAAGCAGGGUCCUUAUAGCUCCAGCCCCUUCGCUUCUUCUCCCCUGUUCUUUCUUUCUUCUUCCUUUUUAUUUCCCUCUCCUUGUUGUCCUAAAAGCUGCUGCAGCUUUACUAAAACGCUGUUGGUGUACAGAUUGCCGAAUUGCUCCUUUGGAUCUAGCCACUCUGGGCUUCUCGAUUAUUCUAUAUCAACCAAAUGUUAUUAUGUUACCUGUAACCGGAAUCGCCCGGGAUACCCUCACCAGGCACUGUCUUAAGAUAUGAUUUCCAUGUUUAUCCUCUCAUGCAAUGUUUCAUACGCAAAUUGUUGUGACAUUGUUUGUGACAUUGUGACAGAAUUGUACAUUGAUUGUCUACAUUAUGCGCAACACAACUGUGUGUAUCUGUACCUAGCACUAGUAAAAUGUAAAAUUAAAAAGUGUGUGCAAAAAUAUGAAAUUGAGGUCAUAAUGUUUUGUUUCACACUUUGAUAUUAUAUAACACAUGAAAUAGUCACAUGAACACUAAAACUAGUAGAUCUUCAAAUAAAGAUUUUUUCUUUUUUCUUUUUUCAGUGGAAAACAUGUUGUGUAGUAAAGCCCAACAUUAUAAUUCAACUUUACGAUACCUGUCAGCCUCCUACUCUGUGGCGGCAAUCCCUAAGCCUUUAUUGAAGCCUGAUGUGUUUUACAACAAGCUUUUUAUAAACAAUGAGUGGCGAAAUGCAACCAGCGGCAAAAUAUUUCCUACAAUAGAUCCCUCAACUGGAGGUGUCAUUACGCAUGUAGCUGAGGCAAACAAGGAUGAUGUUGAUCUUGCCGUUAAAGCUGCAAAAGAAGCAUUCCAGUUAGGCUCUCCAUGGCGUUGUAUGGAUGCAUCACAACGAGGUCAGCUUCUUAACUGCCUUGCAGAUCUUAUAGAACGAGACAGAGUCUAUCUGGCUUCCUUAGAGACCCUAGAUAAUGGUAAACCUUUUGCAGCAUCGUAUGCUGGAGAUUUGGACCAGGUCAUCAAGGUGUACAGAUAUUACUCAGGUUUUGCAGACAAAUUGCAUGGAAAGACUAUUCCAAUGGAUGGCAACUAUUUUUGUUAUACCAGGCAUGAGCCAGUUGGUGUUUGUGGACAGAUAAUUCCAUGGAAUUUCCCAUUGGUAAUGCAAGGGUGGAAGCUGGCGCCUGCCUUAGCUGCUGGUAACACAGUUGUCAUGAAGGUUGCUGAGCAGACACCACUAUCUGCCUUAUAUAUAGCAUCCUUGAUUAAAGAAGCUGGCUUUCCUCCAGGUGUCGUUAACAUUUUAACUGGCUACGGUCCUACUGCAGGAGCAGCUAUAGCAAGGCACAAAGACAUUGAUAAAAUAGCAUUCACUGGUUCCACAGAAGUUGGCCGUUUAAUCCAGCAAGCAGCUGGAGAAACAAAUCUUAAAAGAGUCACACUGGAACUUGGAGGGAAAAGUCCAUGUAUCAUAUUUGCAGAUGCAGAUCUAGAACUUGCGGUGGACCAAUGUCAUGAGGCUGCAUUCUUCAACAUGGGGCAGUGUUGUUCUGCAGGAUCAAGAACUUUUGUAGAGGACUCUAUCUACAGUGCGUUUGUUGAGAGAAGUAUUGAGAAGGCUAAUGAAAGAAAAAUAGGCAACCCUUUCAUGAUUGACACAAAACAUGGUCCCCAAGUUGAUAAAGACCAAUUUGACAAGAUCUUUAGCUAUAUCAAAAGUGGCAAAAGGGAUGGUGCUAAACUUAUGUGUGGAGGAGAACGCUACGGAGAUUAUGGCUUUUUCAUCAAACCUACCAUAUUUGCUGAUGUACAAGAUAACAUGACAAUUGCAAGGGAAGAAAUCUUUGGUCCUGUGCAGUCUGUGUUCAAAUUCCAAAACACAAAAGAAGUAAUUAAAAGAGCUAACAAUACUAGAUAUGGAUUGGCUGCAGGACUGUUCACAAAUGAUUUGGACAAAGCAAUGUAUUUUACACAAACAUUACAAGCUGGUACAGUAUGGGUUAAUACAUUUAACAUUGUGUCAAGCCAGACACCUUUUGGAGGAUUUAAAGAGUCUGGAAAUGGACGGGAGCUUGGAGAAGAAGGAAUUAAACAAUAUACUGAAGUAAAAACAGUUACUAUUAAAAUUCCACAUAAAAAUGUGUUUUAAUAAGUUUGACAACUUAUUAACAAAUUAGAGUUUGUUUAAACAGGGAGUUAUGUCAAGAUAAAAAAAUAGAUGCACAAAGAGGAAACUAAAAUUAUGUGACGAGAGAAAUAAAAGAGAAUGAAAGCAGGAACGAGAUAAUUAGACAGGUAAGUUGUUAACAGGAGGCAGUUGGUGGGGCCAAGUCAACAAACUUUUGGAAAAGUGAGAGGAUUGUGUAAUUAUAUAUAUUAUUUUAUAUAAAUGGGUAAUGACACAUUCAACAUUCGCAUCAAAUAAUUGGGUUGCAUGUUUUGAUAUUUUGAAGGGACACCUGUUGCAAAGUGCAAAUUACGUCUGUGUAGUCAUAAAGUUUAUAUGCAUUUUCCCAAAAUUAGAUCAUAGAUCAAAUUCUACUCAUAUGUUUUUAUUUCUUUGUCCUUUUUCACAGUUUACAUCUAAACAGGCUCUGGAUUUGGAAAGCAACUUAAAAUAAAUUAUGCAAGUUGGAUAAAACUUCAAACUUGGGUUUGAAAAGUUGGUUAUUUUGGCCUACAUUAAUAAGUUGGGUUUUAAGUCAUCCUUAUUUACUUUUGGAGAAAAACAAACCAUGUAUGCUUGUCUCAUCUUAAGUGAAACAUUUAAUAAUCAAAUAAUUAGGUUUAUGGACAAUGUUAUACUUUAUGGACAAUUUUUAUGGACAAUUCAAUAAAUAGCCCUUAAAAUUUUGUAAAAUUAAGGCAUUGUAAGGUAUUGAAUAGCAAUAAAAAUGAAAUGUAUUCUUAAUAUAAACCAAGAAAUGGAUCGGUGUGACUACUGGCAGAUGUAAUUGUGCAGUAAUGACUAAUGUUCCUAAUAUUUAAGAAAUCUCUUCUGAUCUAUCUGUAGAGAAUGACUGAAGCACCUUUUAUUCGUGGGCUGUCAAAGUCCUAGAUUGCCAACUGCCAUUUUAUGCAAAUAACAUAAUUAUAAUAAUACUUGACAUCUGCAGGACUGAUAUUCAGAAAUACCAGUAUUAAACAAAAUUUGCAAAAAAGAAAAAAAUAUUUUAUGUACCAAAUACAUUAUCAUGUAUUCUGUCAUGAUAAUUUAUACUGAAAAAUAAUUGAGUUUGGCAGAUCUUUUGUACUUUGAUCCCUAGUUCCUCUCCCCCCACCCCCCUAAAAAAAUAUGUAGCUAAGAUGUAUUUCCAUUGAAGUUCAAACAAACUGAUCAGAUUUUACUUAGGCCUCAAUUCAAUAUUGUUGGAUAAGCUUUCCAAUUGACUUAAUAUUUUUAGAUAAAUAUUUAAAAUAAUUUCAAAUUAUGAAA